AUGGUUAAGCAUAGGGGUGCGACGCACAAACUACGGUAACACAAAGUGGGCUGUGUCGCUCACUAUUACUGCUGCGUAGCUGCCCCUAUGUUUUGCAUUGCAGGGCAAAAAACAUGAAUUUUCUUUUCUUUUUUCGCCGUUUUUGUGAAAGUUGGCAGAUAUACGUAAUUUUUAGCGAUUCUAUAUUGUAAAGCACGCGUUUUAGUAUGUUACUUGAUGUAUAUUUGAUCACCAAUUCCGUUUUCCUGACUGAAACUCGGGAAAACGUAUUUUUUGGCCCAAGAAAUUUUUUCGUUAUUUUUUGAUGACUUCACCUUUUUUGCAAUUUGAUUAUUGAUUGAAGGUUUAUUUUUCAGAACUUGAGGUCAAUAUGUUCAUCCACAAGAGCCACACUAAGCUCAUUUAUGAGUACCUCUUCAACGAGGGAGUCACCGUCGCCAAGAAGGACUUCAACGCCAAGACUCACCCACACAUUGAGGGAGUCACCAACCUCGAAGUCAUCAAGACCUUGAAAGUGAGUUAUUUUUCAUCCUGGUUGAUUCAGAAACGGUGUAGAAAUCACGAAAAAAUUGCUGAAGGAAUAAUUUUUCACGUUCUCAUGAAAUCCACCCAAAAAUUGAAAAUAAAUUGACAGUGAAAAUAUAUUCGUGUAAUAAGGUCACGUCAUAUUUCAAAGAAUAAGUUUGGCUUUCUCAAUCAUUUCUUGAAAUAAAUACGAAUUAUUUCAGUCGCUCGCUUCCCGCGAAUUGGUCAAGGAACAAUUUGCCUGGCGCCACUAUUACUGGUACUUGACCGACGCCGGAAUCAGCUACCUCCGUGAAUACUUGGCUCUCCCAGCUGAGAUCGUCCCAGCCACCAUCAAAUCGAAGCCAAGAGAGAUCCGUGUCCCACAAUCUGACCGACCACAAAGAUCGGCACCAGGAGAGAAGGGAGGAGACCGUGACGCUUACAGAACCGAGAAGGCCACCGAAGCCGGACCAGGAGCUGCUCCAGUUUACAGAGCCGGAUUCGGACGUGGAGCUCAAGCACCACAAUAA